UCACGACUAGAAAUACUCGAUAAAACGAUAAUUCGAUGCAAAUAAAAUACAUAUUUACGACGAACUAGACGCGUAUAUCAACUUCUGUCAAAAAAUCCAACUUUUUAUAUAUAAGAAAAUUCUUCAAAAAUGGGGAAAAAAAAUAAAUAUAAGGAUGACGGGAAGCCACAACAGCAGCAGCAGCAACAGCAGCAGCCACAGCAGCAACAGCAACAACCACAAGCUAGCUCCGGAGCCCCUGUUGGGCAACCACAGCGGCAGCAGGGUGGGGGUGGACAAGGGGCACAGCAGAGAAACCCGCUCCAGCAGCUUGAGCCUCAAGUGGGCCCCACUCCUUCUCAAGGACAACAGGGUCAGGGCGGAUGGUCCCGAGUACCAUCCCAACAGCCGGGACGCAGUCAGCAGCAGCAGUCCCAUGGCCAAGGAGGUCAGCAGCAGCAGCAGCAGUCUCAUGGCAAAGGAGGUCAGCAGCGUCAGCCGUAUCAGGGGCAAGGAGGUCAGCAGCGUCAGCCGUAUCAGGGGCAAGGUGGUCAGCAGCGUCAGCCGUAUCAGGGGCAAGGAGGUCAGCAGCGUUAUCAGCAAGGCUCGAGUGGUUUUCAAGGGGGGAACCAGCAGCGCCCACAACAAGGGCAACCAGGCACUCAACAACGCCCACAGCAGGGCCCUGGACCAAGUCAAGGUGGUUACAGGCAGCAGGGAUCCCAUCCGCAGCCGCAGAGAUCCCAGGGGGGGGCUGUAGCUCCGUCUCUUCCCGCAGGUAGUAUCAAGCGGGGAACUAUUGGCAGACCCGGCGAAGUAGCCGUAAAUUAUCUGGACAUAAAUAUGGAAAAAAUGCCUGCCACGGCGUACCAUUACGACGUUAAAAUAAUGCCCGAACGGCCCAAAAAGUUCUAUCGCCAGGCCUUCGAGCAAUACCGAGUGAACCAAUUGGGAGGUGCUAUUGCCGCGUAUGAUGGAAAGGCCAGUUGCUACUCAGUUGACAAGCUGAAGACAAACUCACAGAAUCCAGAAGUGACGGUUACUGAUCUUCACGGCCGCACUCUUCGCUAUACAGUGGAAAUAAAAGAGACUGGAGACACGGAAGUGAAUCUGAACUCGCUCAAGAGCUAUAUGACGGAGCGAAUCUUCGACAAGCCCAUGCGUGCCAUGCAGUGCCUGGAGGUGGUCUUGGCAUCCCCAUGCCACAACAAGGCCAUUCGGGCUGGCCGCUCGUUUUUCAAAAUGUCAGAACCAGGCCAGCGCCGCGAGCUUGAGGACGGAUACGAAGCUUUGGUGGGUCUCUAUCAGGCCUUCAUGCUGGGCGAUAAACCGUUUCUUAAUGUCGACAUAUCUCACAAAUCCUUUCCAAUUGCUAUGCCGGUUCUUGAGUACCUAGAGAGGUUUGGUCUGAAACAGAGAAUAAACGCCAGCACCAGUCUAGAUCAAUCUCGUCGCUUUAUUGAACCGUUCUUGAAGGGAAUUAAUAUAGUCUACACACCACCAACCUCUUUUGGGACUGCUUCGCGAGUCUAUAAAGUAAACGGACUUUCCGCAUACCCAUCUAAUAAGCAGACCUUUGUUUUGGAGGGAAAAACACUUACGGUUUCGGAUUAUUUCAAAUCGCGCAACUAUGUCUUGAAGUACCCUUCGCUUCAGUGCCUUCACGUCGGACCACCAGUGAAGAAUAUCUAUGUGCCCAUUGAGCUCUGUCAUAUUGAGGCAGGUCAAGCCCUAAACAGAAAAGAUGGUGCCACUCAAGUUGCUAAUAUGAUCAAGUUUGCGGCCACAUCGACGAAUGUACGUAAAGAGAAGAUCAUGCAUCUACUGGACUUCUUCAAGCACAACUUGGACCCAACCAUUAGUCGCUUCGGAAUUCGUAUCGCCAAUGAUUUCAUCGUGGUACACACACGAACCCUUAACGCGCCCCAAUUGGAGUAUAAAGAUAACAAAUGGGCCUCCCCAAGAAACGGAUCAUGGCGCAUGGAUAACAUGAAAUUCCUCGAGCCAAAAAAUAAGGCCCAUAAAUGGGCCGUACUUUAUUGCAACGGUGGGCGUCCAAUUCCGUUUAGCCAACUCUCUGAUUUUGAGAGACAGAUGUUGAACCAAAGCAAGUCAGUAAACGUGGUUCUAGAAGCUAAAGCUGAUAUACGACCAUUCAAGGAUGAUCGUGAUCUUGACCAAUGUUUUGUGGAUCUCAAGAAAAACCAAUGCGAUCUGGCUUUCGUCAUUAUUCCCAAUUACGGUGCCUCAUACGAAACCAUUAAGCAGAAGGCCGAAUUAAAGCACGGCAUUCUAACACAAUGCAUCAAACAAUUCACUUUUGAACGGAAGCUUAAUCCUCAAACGAUUGGCAACAUCUUAUUGAAGGUUAACUCCAAAUUGAAUGGCAUUAAUCACAAGCUAAAGGAAGAUACUCGACUGCCAGUGCCCAAAAACGCCAUGUUCCUUGGCGCCGAUGUGACCCACCCAUCACCCGAUCAGCGUGAAAUUCCCAGCGUAGUGGGCGUGGCCGCAUCUCACGAUCCUUACGGCGCUGCAUACAAUAUGCAAUAUAGAUUGCAGCGUGCAGCCCUUGAGGAGAUUGAAGACAUGGAGUCGAUCACGUUAGCGCAUUUGAGCGUUUAUAAAAAAUUCCGUGGAAAAUAUCCGGAACAUAUUAUCUAUUAUCGCGAUGGUGUAAGCGAUGGUCAGUUCCCUAAAAUCAAAAAUGAGGAGCUUAGGGGCAUUAAGGCGGCCUGCGCUAAAGUCGCCAUCAAUCCGAAGAUUUGUUGCGUGAUUGUGGUUAAGCGACACCACACCCGCUUCUUCCCGAAGGGUGAGCCAUCCCAAUACAAUAAAUUCAAUAACGUAGACCCUGGAACCGUGGUCGAUCGCACCAUCGUCCACCCCAACGAGAUGCAGUUCUUUAUGGUCAGCCAUCAGUCCAUUCAGGGAACGGCCAAGCCGACCCGCUACAAUGUCAUCGAAAACACUGGAAACCUGGACAUCGAUGUGAUCCAACAAAUGACUUACAAUCUGUGCCACAUGUUUCCACGCUGCAAUCGCUCUGUUUCGUACCCGGCUCCUGCUUACUUGGCUCAUUUGGUGGCUGCUCGUGGACGCGUCUAUCUUAAUGGGUCUAACAGGUUCGAGCCUAACUUAAAAAAAGAGUACGAAAAGCGUAAAAUUGUGGAAGUGUUUUUGAUGACCAAUCCCAUGUACUUCGUUUAAUCACCCAGCUUUGAAUGCGAUAUUUGGAAAAAUUAUCCAAAAUUAUAUGAUAUCCUGUUACACUUUUUUAAAAAUAAAAAUACAUAUGCUUCAUGCCUUACCCUUA